AUGCUCGAGACCGAGAGCGCCGACAUCCUGCGCUGGACGCCCAACGGCCGCGCCUUCGAGAUCCUCGAUAUGGAGCGCAUGAUGGACGAGGUGCUGCCCAAGUACUUCAAGCACCGCAAGUACACGAGCUUCCAGCGCCAGCUCAACUACUUCAGCUUCAAGAAGUGGACCAAGUCCAAGGCCGUCGUCUGCACCUUCUCGAACGACUGCUUCCUGCGCGACCGCCCCGACCUCGCGUGGCGCAUUACGCGCAAGAAGUCGGUGCACUCCAGCAGCUGCAAGAGCGGCGGCUCCACGCCGCGCAAGCCGCGCCCAGCCCCAGUGCCAGUGGCGACUCCACUGGCCAAGACCACCGUGAAGCUUGAGCCGUUGAAGCUCGAGCCCGUGAAGCUCGAGCCGCAGCCGUUCCAGCUUCAGCCGUUCCCGAGCAAGAGCUCGUGGAAGAGAGACAUCGCCAUCCGCGUGCCCCGCGCGCCCAGCGCCAUGCUCGUCGGCGGCCCGUACGGCAGCGGCCGCCCGUUCCCGUCGCCCACCGACAUGGACAUGAUGCUCCUGGAGAACGACGUGGAGCCGCAGAGGUAUUCCCAGUCCGCCAACAGCUUCGUCUCGCCGCCGCUGAGCGAGCAGGAGGUGGACUCACUCGAGUGGAUCGACAACUUUCUCCCGUCGCUCGACGCCCCGGCCCCUCGACAAGAGGAGCCGCUGUUCUCGGGCAACACUGUGAACGUGAGCGCCGGCGCGUUGCUGCGCCAGGCGCCGCACUACCUGUUCCCGUCGCUGCAGUCGCCGUCAGGAGGCGACUACGCCUGCCUGGCCUCCAUGCAGGCAGCUAGCUACUUAUAG